AUGCCGUCAUCAGCUGUUGAUCCGAAAAGCAACAAUACAGACACUGAUUUCGAUCUACAAGGUUGGUUGAAAGAAAUUUCAGAUGCAGAAAACCUAAUGGAUGAGGUCGAAGCAAAGGCGGACGUCCUACAAGCGAAAGUACAAUCUCUUCUACAAGAACUAGCAAAGCCUAACGAACUAGAUAAAACAGUUACAGAUCAAAAAGAUGAACCAAUGCAUGACGAGGUUGAAGAAAAACCAGCGAACCCUUAA